UCGGAAGACAAAAGCGGAAGGAACGAUUCGACAUAUGGAGUUUCGAAAAAUCCGUUUGUUAUGAGAGUUUCACUCCUAUCUGUUUGAGCGAAAUGGGCGGCUUUAGAGCAUUUUCGUGCACAACAUGGGUCUUUGUGAUAGUGAAGCUUUGUCUGGUUUGUUGCGAUAUAACCGACGGAAACGCCGAGCAUCUGAAGAGAGAGCAUUCGCUGAUGAAACCUUAUCAAGGUGUUGGCAGCAGCCCCUCCAGUCAGUGGGACUUCUGGGGAAGCACGUUGGUGACGAGCUCCUACGUCCGACUCACUCCAGAUGAAAGGAGCAAGCAGGGGUCCAUCUGGAAUACUGUGCCUUGUUACCUGAAAGACUGGGAGAUGCAUGUGCAGUUUAAGAUUCAUGGAUCUGGAAAGAAAAAUCUCCAUGGCGAUGGGAUUGCUAUCUGGUACACAAAGGACAGACUGCAUCCAGGCCCUGUUUUUGGAAACCAAGAUCAGUUUCUUGGCCUGGCUAUGUUUUUGGAUACCUUCCGCAAUGACCUCCAUGGAAUGGAUCGCUCCUUCCCUUACAUCUCGGCCAUGGUGAACAACGGCUCAGUGAGCUACGACCAUGGCAAAGAUGGACGCUCUUCCGAGCUGGGAGGCUGCUCAGCUGAGAUCAGGAACAGAGACCAUGACACGUACCUCGCCAUUCGCUACUCCAGAGGAAGGCUGACUGUGAUGGUCGAUGUGGAUGACAAGAAUGAGUGGAAGGAGUGCAUUGACAUCGGAGGAGUUCGUCUUCCCACUGGAUACUUCUUUGGUGCAUCGGCAGCAACAGGAGAUCUCUCAGAUAACCAUGACAUCAUCUCCAUGAAGCUCUACCAGCUGAUGGUAGAGCACACCCCAGAAGAGGACAACUUAGAUUGGACUAAGAUUGAGCCCAGUGUCAGCCUUCUCAAGUCCCCUAAAGACAACAUUGAUGACCCGACUGGAAACUUCCGUGGUACACCCCUAACUGGAUGGAAGGUCUUCCUCCUCCUGCUGUGUGCUCUCCUGGGCAUCGUGGUGUGUGCUGUGGUGGGAGCCGUAGUUUUCCAGAAGAGACAGGAGAGGAACAAGAGGUUCUACUAAGCGAGCGGCUGAACCUGAGCAAUGAGGUGUUUGUUGUGAAAUGAACUAAUUCCAGAUGACAAAGUGAGCACAUUCAAUGUGAAUUUUUGUUUUUCCUGAAGAUUGUACAGAUGUUAAUGACUUUUAAAGCACUGCGUCGUGAGUGAAUUACGGUAGCUUGUGAUGAGAAGAUGCAGGACGAGUGGCGACCAUCAUGAGUGCCGCUCAGUGCAGAUUUCGUGUUUGUGUUCAUUCAUUAUUGGGUUAAAGCAGAUUUACUGUCAUUUCUAAAGCUGAAACUCAGUCCUGAAAUGAUUGUGUUCACACCGGCUUGGUGCUCCGUCAGGUUUUUUCAGCCCUUUUGAGCUUUUCUCUGCUGCAGUUGUGAAAGUUGAACUUUGGCACCAAAUGAUAAUUUAGAUUUUAAAUUUUUUCUUGCACCUGUUUUACUGAUUAUUUCACGGAAGAAGAAGGUAGAUCUACACAGAGAGCAGCUGAUUCGUUUGGUGGUGUUGCUCUGCUAAAAUACAAACUACAUUUCAGCUACAGCCUUUGUCCAAAUUAUACUGUCGUUAAGUGUCGGCCUCCCUUUUAACCCGUGAGAGGAGAACACAGUUGUUUUACAGCCACUCUUUUUCUGAAAUAAAAUUAAAAAAAAAUAGUCCUGAUCUUCCAGUUGAAGACAGUUUUGAGUUUGCGUUGUAUUACACUGUGUGUGUGAGUCUAUAUAUGCAUGUUAUCAGAGAAAGAACGACCUGCAGUGGCUGUCUGGACAAACAAAUCAUGUAAAAGUUAUUUUCCUGUGUGUGCACAGCAGCACUGAGAUCCAAAUGCUUUUCUUUCAUGCCAGAGCGAUUGUAUCUCCAUCCUUUGGAUUUUCUGUUGAUAAUUUGAAGUUUCUGUUGGAUGUGCUUUUUUUACCCGCUUCUUUGUUUUGUACUGCAGAUGGACUGUUUUGCUUGAAAUGCACAAAGAUAGUUUUGCAACUAACAACUAAUCGAUCAAUAGGUUCCUUAAUCAAUUAUUUGGUGUA